GAUAACAAUGAUAACGUAAUGAGUUGGUGACGUAUGAAUCUUAAUCAGUUUUUAUGGCUUUAUCGGCCGGCAAAUUGUUAUCACGUUAUCAUACCACGUUGAGGCUCGCACACUAUAUCAAUUAUGUCGUACUUGAGAAGAUUGAAUAAAAUUUGUGAAUUGAGCUUGAAGAAUUCCAGACGGAUAAGCAAUGCCCAUGCCCAAACAAAGGCUGAUGUAAAAUUACGGCAAAUUGAUAAGGUUUUAAUUGCUAACCGCGGAGAAAUAGCAUGCCGGGUUAUGCGUACAGCUAAGAAAUUGGGUAUCCGAACUGUGGCUGUGUAUUCGGAUGCAGACAAAAAUGCUAUCCAUGUGGAAUUGGCAGAUGAAGCAUACAACAUUGGCCCAGCUUCUGUAACACAAAGUUACCUAAACAAAAAUAAAAUACUUGAAGUAGCCAAGAAAUCUCACAGCCAAGCCAUUCAUCCUGGAUAUGGGUUCCUCUCUGAAAAUGUUGAGUUUUGUGAGCAGUGUGCCUCUGAAGAUAUCAUAUUUAUUGGACCCCCCACCUCAGCUAUUAGAGAUAUGGGCAUAAAAAGUACUUCCAAAGCCAUUAUGUCCAGUGCAGGAGUACCUAUAGUUAAAGGUUAUCAUGGCGAGGAUCAGAGCACAGAAACACUGCUAGCAGAAGCACAGAGGAUUGGUUUCCCAAUAAUGAUCAAAGCAGUUCGUGGUGGUGGUGGCAAAGGAAUGCGUAUAGCAAUGACGGAGUCGGAAUUCCUGCAACAAUUAGAAUCGGCUAAAAGAGAAUCUCUCAAAUCUUUCGGUGACGAUAAUAUGCUACUGGAGCAAUACAUCACUGAUCCUCGGCAUGUUGAAGUGCAAGUAUUCGCUGACAUGCACGGUAACGCAGUGCAUCUCUUUGAACGCGAUUGUUCAGUUCAGAGAAGACAUCAGAAAAUUAUUGAAGAGGCACCAGCGCCGGGUCUGUCGGAGGAGACACGCACGGCGCUGGGCGCGGCGGCGGUGCGCGCUGCGCUGGCCGUGGGGUACGUGGGCGCCGGCACUGUCGAGUUCAUCCUGCACCGCGCCUCGCACCACUUCCACUUCAUGGAGAUGAACACCCGCCUGCAGGUCGAGCACCCUAUCACUGAGAUGAUCACUGGCACUGAUCUCGUGGAAUGGCAGCUCCGGGUGGCGGCAGGCGAGCCGCUGCCGCUGACGCAGGCGGAGGUGAAGCGGCGCGGACACGCCGUGGAGUGCCGCGUGUAUGCCGAGGAGCCCGGCGCGGGCUUCCUGCCUCGCGCGGGCACCCUGCACCGCCUCGUGCAACCGACCCCCGACCAACACUGCCGGGUAGAAACUGGCGUGCGAGAAGGCACGGAGGUGUCAGUGCACUACGACCCCAUGAUAGCCAAGCUGGUGGUGUGGGGCCGCGACCGCAACGAGGCGCUGGCCAAGACGAGGGCCAAGCUCUCCGAGUAUCAGGUGGCGGGUCUGGAGACGAACGUGAACUUCCUGUUGCGGCUGGCGGGCGACCCCGCGUUCGUGGCGGGCGACGUGCACACCGCCUUCAUCCCGCAGCACGAGGCGCGCCUGUUCGCCGCCUCCGCGCCCGCCCGUCUGCACGCCACGGCACGCAACGCCGCUCUGGGACAGGUGCUUCUGUCCCAAAAAGCAAGCGCGAGUGAGACAAAUAAUGGAAUCGACGUUUCGCCGAGUGCGUGGCGACCAAACUAUCAACUUCGAAAAACAAUUUCUCUAAAACAAGACGGCAAAGAUAUCACAGUAGCAGUAGAACACGUAGGCUCGAAACUGUACCGGGUGAAAGUGGGAGACGGAGAAUGGGAGGAAGCCGAAGCGUGGCUGAGCGAGAGCGAGCGCGGUGCUCGGCUCACCAGCGUCUUGGGGGGACGGCGCGCCACCGUCGGCCUGCUGGCGUUCGAGGACCAGCUCCACGUUUAUGACGAGGAGGGUCAAACGAUAGCCUUGGUUCCUCGGGCUAAGUACGGCGGCGCCGGGGCCUCAGAGGCGUCUUCAGACAGCGCCUGCUCGCCCACGCCCGGCGUGCUGGAGAGAAUACUAGUCAAUCAAGGCGAUAAGGUGGUGAAAGGACAGCCGCUGUUCGUGGUGAUCGCGAUGAAGAUGGAGUACGUGGUGCGGGCGAGCCGCGACGGCGUGGUGGCGGCGCUGGCGGCCGCGCGGCCCGGCGACGCCGUCGGCAAGGGCGCCGAGGUCGUGCUGCUCGAACCCGACACUUCUACAACCAACUGAAAUGACUCACAUCCACCUACCAACCUGGCUAUGGUCACCUCACACUCACUAUUUCCUGUCCGUUUCCGGGUCUAUCAUCUUUAGAGUUGUUAAUUGGAAUUACAAUUUUCUGCAAAAAUUAAAUUUCAAAUACAUUUACCGCUGCGGGAUUUUGUCACGCGUAUAAGUAACCCUUUGCGUGAAACAUUCACUGCCAGACAAAAAAAACAGUACUUCAAUAACCAUGCAUGCAAUACGUAUAAGCGGGUUGGCGAAGCCGCAUAUACUCGUAGAUACAGAAAUAUGUCUGUAAUUGUAAUUUUGACCUGUAAAACAAUGAUUUUACCAAUAAAUAAAUCAAUCAAUCAAUCAAUCAAAGAUCAACACAGUAGUGUACACCGAGCGCCCACUAGGCGGGUGCUUUGGCUGUGCCAAAUUUCAUAGGUAAUCAAAUCUCAUUUAAUAGGCCGGUGUCGAUUUUAGUCGCAAAAAUGUAAAAUUGAUAGAUUUAGUCUGUGAAAUUGUACACCUUUUGUUACCUAAUUGAAAUAACAAGUACUGGUUUCUGUUAGCACGUCCUCUUAUCUUACCUUUUAUCAGAUCAAUUUUUUGAAAACAGACUAACUAAAUUAGUAAUGUUUGCUUUUCUGAUAGACGUCUAGGUAAACGCGCGUAAAGCACUGAUUUUGUCGCUCUUAUUUGUAAAUAUCGUAAAGUUUGGACGGCGAAACAUGGUCAUUUGUAUUACACAUAUCCUGUACUUGACGUUUAUCAGACUACAUUUUUAUUAUUAUGGCUUUGAAAUAGUGUAAAUGAAAGUUAGACGAAAUCAAUUUUCUCCAGAAAUUACUUUUAAACAAGUGACAAUUUCUCUGAAAAUCGACUUCAUUUCAACGUAAGUUUGAUACUUAAACAAUCUACAACAUUUGCUGAAACUAUUCUUAUACAUCAAUUUGUAUAAUUUACCACCAUACAUUUAUGAUGAAUUUUUAAAAACUGCCCCUUCUUUUCAUAUAUUGCCGGUGACGCACGCUCGCGACCUCAUUAUUAAAAGGCAAGAUGAGAAGACGUGCUAAUAGAAACCAAUACUUGUUAUUUAGAUAUUACGUAACAAAACGUGUAUAAUUUCAACGACUAAAUCUAUCAAUUUUAAAUUUUUGCUCCAAAAUCGACUACGGCCUCUUAAUAUAAAGUGUCAGGACAAUAUUUUAUUAUGAAAACAAACACUGACUUCUUACUACUGUUGCUAAGACGCCUUAGGUGUGACUUACUGUAUAAAUAAUCUUAAGAGGGGGCUGAGCUCCUUCUCAGAUUUGAGAACUAGGUGAAUGUAUUUAUCCGUCCCGCUAACGGGAUCGGCUCCUAAAAUUAGUACGAUAAGGACAACUGCAGCUUAAGCGAAAAAUCCUACGUAAAAAUCGAGGCUUUGUACUUGACUGUUUCCUCCUUCAAAACUUAACCAAUCGUAACAAAAUUUUGAAAUCUAAAUGGCAUGGUAAUGGACUUAUCUGUGUCGUACCGUUUUGUUUCGCGGGCUAAUUGAUCUCAGUCAAAGAUAUAUGUAACUCCGUAUAAGAUAAUUAACUAAAGUCUAAGUAAAAAACGUGCCUCGGAAAAUCAAGAAAAAAUUAUGCUCGAAGAGAAUUUGGCCGCUGUGGCCUAUACACGUUUUGAUGGCGACAACGUUUGAUAUUUAAUAAUUUUAACACAUAUCAGUGAAAGAACAUGGGUCAAAGUCAUAUGGCGUUCUAAAAAUAAUAAUAAAUAAUAAAUCAUUUAUCCAUAUAUGCUUUUGAUAUUUAUUUUCUUUUUUAGUUUUAAUCCUGUGUCGACAGAUGGCAGGAAAUUUACUGUGACUACAAAAUUAUUAUGACAAUAACCCUCUAUACACACUAUUCUCUUUGUAUUAGUUUUGAACACCAUGUUUUUCUUUGCGGCCUAGUCAAUUAGGCCGUUUUUGCGAUCACUUCAAUGACCUAGCGCUUAAUAAAAAAAUAUCAAAACAGUCCAGAUAUUGAUAAUAUUAAUCUGUGUUAAAAAAAUAUUGCUCUAGGGCCAAAAACCACGGAAGAAAGAGUCGAGUACAUUUGUAUGGAGAAAUGACCACUCCCCUAUCCUCAGUGUGUUAGGAAUUCUAUAAGAUGGUCUAUUUGUUGACACAUCAAGUAAAAGACAAUGCAGAUUUCAGUCAUUCCAGUAAGGUUUAAUAUACUAAACAAAUACAUAUAUU